AAAUUUUAGGUCAGUCACGUGAGAAUGUGAAUGUAAAUGAGCUGUUUGCCUGAUUCAUUACGGCAAAAUUUAUUAGCACCAGGUUGAUUUGACACAGUGAGCAUCAAGUAAGGAAAAAAGAGAUUUUAAUACCAAUUGAAGGUCAAAUGGAAAAUAGUGACGAUGUGAACAUUGCCACCGAGAAGGGGCCUUUUUCAGUUUUAACUUCAAUCCAAGAAACAUUUCUGUCCUCACCUUUCAACGUAUUUCUAACCCUUGUUUGUGCUUUCCUCAUCUAUCGUUUAUGGAGAAGUACUUCACCCCAGGAUCGAGAUAAUUCAGAUGUUAUCAAAGUACCUGAACCUUUAAAGAAACAUGACAUGGACUUAGAGGAAUUGAAAAAUUACGAUGGCCAUGGACCUGAUAGAAGAGUGUGUAUAGCAAUCAAUGGUUUGGUUUUUGAUUGCUCAAAGAACCAGUUAUACCAUCCUGGUGGACCUUAUUCAUCAUUUGCUGGUCGCGAUGCUACUCGUGGAUUAGCUAAAUUUAAGGUGGACGAAGUGUCAGAAGAAUGGGAUGACCAUACUGACCUGACACCCUCUGAAAUUUCCAGUGUUCAAGAAUGGGAAAUGCAAUUCCGUGAACGUUAUGAGAUUGUUGGUAAAUUGGUUAAAGACUUAAGUGUGACUGAGAAAAAGGAUGAACUUAAUGAAGAGAAGGAUAAAUCAGAAGAUGGAGAUGAUAUUAAGACUGUGGAAAAAUCUGAGGAGAAAUCUGAAGAUAAAUCAGACAAUAAGGAAAGCGACGGACAGUCAAGUGAAAGUUAAAACAUUAAAUGUUUAAAGCAUUCUCAAUUCUGUUACUUAUGCUAAAACUUUUCUCUUCCAUCUUCAUCUGCAGCUUUGUCUCCUACUUUCUACAAUGAUAUACUGUCAAUGUUCACAAUUAAAAACAAUUAUUUUGUACCAAUUGAGCUAAUUUGUUCCACUAAUGUUGUGAAAAAAUAGGA